AAAGUAUGUUCCUGGACGUUGGUGGGUGUAGUGUUUAUGUAGACAAUAAAAUAAAAUCGGUAAAUACCCAUUACAAGAGGGGAUAUUGAAAAGCAUUAAGAAUAAUUAAGUUUACAUCUGUAUAUACUCUGCGCCACUGAAUCGAGGGGUGAAAUCAUAGGUACACAUACGGUUCAAGAAUUGGAAAACAAUGACAAAUGUUGUACCUUUCUUUCGGAGCCCAUUUACAGAUUUGACAGGCUGCCUGGUAAAUCAUCAGUACUAUGGAAGAUGUGCGGAAAUGGAGAUGCGAGCGAUGGAUUGCUUAGAAGCAUAUGGUGUUGACCGCGGCUUGAAGAAAUGUAAUGACCUUUUGGAGGAUCUUCGAGAAUGUGCUACCCGUGGUAAACAGUUGUUGCGGAUUCAAGCAAUGAAGGACGAACGUGAACGCCAGUACAAGGCAGGCGAGAGGAGCAAGGAAGAGCGUUAUGCAAAGGCCCCUAGAAUUGAUGCUUACUAGACACAUUGUUUAAUAGUAACAGAUUUGAUGCUGUAACAGAACACAGCUGUGUCCUAGUUAUAAGAAUAAAUUUAUGUUUGACUUUGGUACCUAGU